GGCCACAGCGCACCGGGAAAGGCCGAGCCGAGAGCACCCUGCGACCCCGCGACCUCUCACACGCACACAGGACAGCUCGCUUCACUUCAACACAGAUGGAGACCAUGAAGAGCGCCAGGAAAAACCACUUUGAGGCGGUUGGCAGCGAUCUGUCCGAGCAGAUCAAAGCAGCGACAAACCACAACCACAUCAGGGCGGAGAACACGGAGCUGAUGCUGAAUUACCAGAAGGGGCAGAUUAACCUGCAGCAGUACAAGGUGCUGCUGUGCUCCCUCUACGAGAUCUACCGGGCUCUGGAGGAGGAGAUGGACAGGAACGCUUCCCACCCAGCCGUCGCUCCCAUUUACUUCCCCCAGGAGCUGGCCCGCCUGGAGGCUCUGGAGCGGGACCUGGAGCACUUCCUGGGCUCGGACUGGAGGAAGAAGGUCAUCGUGCCGGCCGCCACUCUCAGAUACCAACAGAGGCUCAGACAAGUCGGCAGGGAGAACCCGGAGCUGCUGGUGGCUCACGCCUACACCCGCUACCUCGGGGAUCUGUCGGGAGGCGUGGUGCUGGGGAAGAUCACCCAGAAGUCCCUGGGGCUGAGCGGCACCGAGGGCCUGUCGUUCUUCUCCUUCCCCGGCGUGAGCAGCCCGAACCGCUUCAAGCAGCUGUACAGGAGCCGCAUGAACGGCAUCGAGCUGACGGAGAAGCAGCGGGCGGAGGUGCUGGAGGAGGCCGUGCUGUCCUUCGAGCUCAACAUCCAGGUUUUUGAUGACUUGCAGAAAAUGUUGAAUGUCACAACGGAAUCGGGCGGCCGAUCCAAGCGCCCGGCGGCCGCGGGGCUGCCGGCCAGCCCCAUCGUGCAGCUCGCCGUGGGCCUGUGCGUCGCACUGUCCGCCAUCGGGGCGGGAAUCUACGCCAUGUAGCUCCAGCGUGACGGAGACGCACUCACUGCACUUUACUAUCGGUGAAAUCAGAAUGUGAUCGUUACACUUUGUAACCAAUAACUCUUUUAAGACAUGCUUACACUGUACUUUUUAAACUCAUUUCUAAUUUUUGUAACACUUUAAAUAGUUAUGUCCUGAAUACUCAAUAAAAUCUGUUUUUCAAAGUGAGAAAUUGUCAGUGGUGAUAUGUUUAAUCAUGAUGUGAAAAUAUUUCACUUUGUCUCAUUUCUUUGCACUUUCCACAUUAAAAUUUUAG